AUGAAAAAACUUUUCGACAAAGUAGGCAAGAAAAGGGAGAGUAAUUCGUUGGUUGGGAAAGUGGUACUUGUUGGGCAAUUCUCCGUGAAGGUGGAAGCCGUAAUAGGAGAAGGUGGCUUCGCGACAAUCUACAAAUGCGUCAACAUGAAAAGCGGCCACAUCUUCGCGCUAAAGCACAUGCGCUUGGGCGCCGACGCGGAUGCAAUAAAGGAGGUUCAGCAGGAGGCAAAGACCAUGGCGCGGCUUAAGGGCCAUCCAAACAUCCUGAGGCUCCACGCGGUGGCCUUCGCCGGCCCGGCUGGCUCCGAAACCGAUGGCUUCAUGCUGCUAGACUAUUGUCCUCAGACGCUGCUGGAGGUGAUGCAGCGGGCCAACUUCACCCUGGACGAUUACCUGGUGUAUGAGGUGUUUCAGGACGUGGUGUGGGCGGUGGCGCACAUGCACAAGUGCAACCCGCCGUUGGCACACAGGGACCUGAAGGCUGAGAACGUGUUGAAGAACAGCGAGGGCCGCUGGGUAAUCUGCGAUUUCGGAUCUAGUACGGCUAGGGCGCAAGUGUACGACACACCUACCGAGAUUGCGAUGGAGGAGGAAAAUAUUCGGCGGACCACCACCCCAGCCUACAGAGCACCCGAGAUGUGGGACCUGUACUCGCGGCAGCGCAUCGACACAGCUGUGGACGUGUGGGCGCUGGGCGUGUUGUUGUACGUGCUGGCGUUCGGCAAGCUGCCCUUCCAGGGGGACUCCAAACUUAGCAUUCUGUACGGGAAGUACGACAUGCCGCCCGGGCGGCCCGCCGCCAUGCGAGCACUUAUCCAGGACAUGCUGCAGGUGAACCCAAAUGACCGACCCGACGUCUUCCAGGUCAUCUCCAAACUCGAUGUGCUCCGACAGGCCCUCUCCGCUGACCCCACCGGAGACGCACCCGCACUCCCGAGCCACCCGUAUCCCCCAGGGCCACCACAGCCCGUCCAGCGUCAACAUAGCCCCAUAGCCGGUGGAGGCACACUACCGCCACCACCACUGCAACAGCAACAGCAGCAGCAGCUCCAGCUUCAGCGUAUACAACCUCCAACGGCCAACGGCCAACCGGCGACUUCUGGGCCCAACGGCAUGUCUGCCCCGCCCACCAGUCGCAGCCACAGCAGCAAUCUUCUGGGCAGUCUUACGGAGGUCCCGCUCCGGGACCUGACGCCUCUGUCCCGCCACAACCGGGGGCCAGCCCCGGGCCACCAGGAGUGCCGCGGCCCGUCGCCAGCGCAGCCGCAGCUGCCGGACUUGAUGGACGCCGCGAUUCAGGAGCCGGUGCCAGCCGCGAUGACAGCCGACUCGGACUGGGAACGUGACUUCCGCCGCAGCGGGAGCGGGGCUGGACUGCCCGGCGGACACCAGAAGCAAGAUACGCCGACAGCGGCGGCGAUGGCGGGAGGUCCGGCGUCGGCGGCAUACAGCCGAUCCGUGCAGCUCCAUCCGCAGAGCCCUGUGGAGCCCGCUGUCAAGCGCACGGGAUCCUCCUCCGAGGGGCCCUUUCGAGCGGCGCAGAAGCAGCAGGCCGCUGCCGCUGCCGGCACGCUUGGGGCGAGUACGGCAGCCUCUCACGCAGCCAUAGGAUUCGGGGAGGACAAUGUGGACUGGGACGAGCAGCCGGUGUUCGGCUGGACUGCCAGCCGACAGCAGCUGCAGCUGCAGCAGCGGUCCGACUCGCAGCUGCUUCCGGCAUUGGAUAAUAGCUUCGCUGCCCCAAUCGCCGGCGGAAGCGCGGGGGGCGGCGGAGGCGCCAACACUCCAGGCGCCUUCAGGAUCAGCUCCCCCACGCCGCAAUCCGCCGAUUACCCGCGCAGCGGCUGCAGUAACAUAACCAGCCAGUUCUCACCAAUAGCGGCGCCGGCGCUGCCACCUGGCGUUGUACGAGCCGCGCCUGCGGCGGUGCUGCCACCGACCCAUGGGUUCGUCAGCUGCGUUGCCGCCGCCCCGUUGUCCGGCACGGUACCUGACGUGCCGGCAAUGGCUGCGGCAACGCCCUCUGCCGUACAGCGCGUUGGAUCUUUCGAGCUCGUGACGGGGGAGCUUGUGGAGCCCGAGAGCCUCAGGACCCAGUUGCAGAACCUCACGUCGGCGAACCAGCACUUGGAGGCUCGUGUACGGCAGCUGGAGAGCCUCGUAUCGUCGCAGGCGCCGGGGUCUGCGUCUGUACGGGACGAAGCGUGGGGCGCCACUGGUGCGGGUGCCGCCGCGGGCGGCGGCAGCGCCCUUGCAAGCGGCCUCUUUAGCGGCAGCGGUGGCGGCGUUCUAGAGUCGCCAGCCCGCCCCGUCGGCCCCCAGGUGUUCGAAACCGAGCCUUGGGGCCCUCGCGGAGACCCGUCUGUGUCCGGCACCGCGAUCUACCCGCCUAUCCGAUAUGAGGACCUUGCUUGA